AUGAGGCCGUGCAUUAUCAUGCAUCAACUGCAUAUCCUGGCCGAUAUAUCCUGCGUAAGGUACCAAAUUGUCUGCGAGGACUUCAGUAAUGUACCGAUGCGACGAGGGUACCGACUCCCAAGGAGUCGGAGAAUCUCACCCCACGCCUUCGGGCGUGGGCUGCCCCACCGUAUCUGGGGGGGGCACUUACCGCCAGAGAGACGCAAGUCCCUCCCAACUGUCGACACUGUGGACUCAACUGUGGACGGCCAGCUGGAGGUGGUGAGCAAGGCGGCUCGGACCGUCCUUGAGGAGGCCAAGAAGUCGGGCAACCUUAAGGGAACAACUUGGGCGAAAAUGAAGGCCGCCUGUGCAGAGAUCCUUGCAGCGGCGGACAAAAUCGCGGACCGAGGCGAAGUGUCUGAGGUCAUCCGCAAAAUGGCGGCUGACAACAAGAGAAUGCGGGAGGAAUUGGCUCUGCUCAGGCAGGAGACGAAAGCCCUCCGUACCGCAUUCUCGGAGAGGAAGGCCCCUGAUGCGAAUCCCUUGGCCUCGACGGCCAACAUUAUGGCCCAAGUUGACCGCUCCAUGCGGUCGUUCGGAGAGUCCCUCACCAGGAACCUAUUCCUCUCGUUGGGGGGAAUGGUGAACGACCGCAUUAAGGAGCUGGAGAAAAGGGCUAUUUUUGCCCCUCAGGAGGUGCUGCGUCCACCGCUUGCGGCUGACCGCCGCAAUAAAGAGGCUGAAAAGGCCAAAGACGCUGAAAAAGCAGAGGCCGUCAAACAACCUGGAAAUGUGGGGGCAGUUGCAGCGCCUAAAGCCGCAACGGCAAGGGCUCCGCCAGCUCCCUCACAGGAUGCUUCUGGCGCCCCACCUCAGGAGGAACCCACCCCCUCCUCCUCUUGGACGGAGGUAGUUAAGAAGGGAAAAAAUAAGGGGAAGGGGAGAAAAUCCUCGCCUCCAGAAGUGAAUAGAGUGUCUGCUCGCCCUACGGCCCCUGCGCCGGUCAAGCGCCAGUAUGCCCUUCCCAAGUCGACGGCUGUGGUGGUGACACUCAAGUCGGGUGCCACAGUCGACUACAAAGAAGUGAUGGGAAGGGUUACCACAAUAAAACUGGCAACUGUGGGCGUGGACCAUGUGGCGGUGAGGAGCACAGCGACGGCCGCCAGGAUCAUCGAGGUUCCCGGUAGUGACAGCGGCGUCGUUGCUGACAACCUUGCCGAUAAAAUCCGGGAGCUGGUGGGGGAAGUGGCUGAGGUCACGCGGCCGCACAAAACGGCCCAGAUUAAAAUCUCCGGCUUUGACGAGUCGGUCACGCCGGAGACCCUGCGGAAUGAGGUGUCCCAGGCUGGCAAAUGUCCACCGGAACAUAUUAAGGUGGGGCAGAUCCGAAUGACCCCGGACUUCACCGGGGCAGUCAUCGUGAUCUGCCCUGUAGCCGUGGCCAACGCCCUCGUGGCGGACGGCCGUAUAUUGAUUGGUUGGUCGUCCGCCAAAAUCACUGUCCUGGAACCCCUACCUAUGCGCUGCUUCAGGUGCAUGGGUCUGGGCCAUACGAGGGCGCUGUGCCCAUCACCGGUGGACAGAUGGGAGCUCUGCCACAGAUGCGGGAAAAUGGGGCACCUCACCCAGCAAUGCACAGAGAAGGAGCCCUGGUGUGCGGUGUGCCAUCACGCCAAGCUCCCGGCAAAGCACACCAUGGGAGGGAAGUCGUGCAACCCCCCGCGCACCAGGGGGCAGCUGGAACCUACUGGGCUUAACAGAGUGGGCAACACAAUGGAGCACUGA